UGAACAGACGAGCAGGGAGGUGGAGUUUAAUGCAAAAAAUAAAACAAUGAAGAGAUUAUGAAUAAAUUCAACAAGACCGUUAAGCCUGAGGUUAGAGGCUGAUUUCCACCUGUUCACAUGAUGAAUAAUGUGGAGAAAAGAAAAGCACUUGAACUGGAUUCGACACUUUUAAGAGACGGAGGUGAAAUUCAGUAGCUGUUACAUGAACCCAGGGUUGUAUAAUGUGUCAGAAAAAAAAGGAAGAAAGGCAGCAGAAACUGGAAAGCAAGAAUGAGAGAAUAAAAGAGGAAGAAAGAGGAGGAGCCAGCAGAUGGUUGAGAACAGGGUUUGGAGGUGAGAUAGACAGAUAGGACGGCUCUUCCUGAGCUGAGCUGUUUGCUGUGUUCUCUGCUCUCUCCACUCCCUAACUAUGGACUAAAGCCUCUUCUUCUUUUCAGAGACUUGAGCCACAUUUCAAGAUGAGCGACCAAGAGAGCAGCACCUCGGCCUCGGCCUCGGCCUCUCAGACAGAGGGAGAGUGUGAGGGAGACUUUGAGGGGGAGAUGGAGGGGGAGAUGGAGGGAGAGAUGGAGGGGGAAGAAGAAAGAGAUGAAAAGCAGAGGGAGAGUCCAGCGCCCAGUCUGGCCAACUUCUCCUCCUCUCUGCGCGCCGUCAUUCGCAUCAAACAGAAGUACCAGGUGUUGAAGAAGCGGCGUCAGGAGAUGGCUCUGGGGCUGGGAGCAUCAGGGGCCCUCAUGGGAGCUCCGUCACGAAGCAGCCCCAAAAUCUUCACCUUCGACGGACUCACCCCCUCCGGCUUCCCCAACAUGUCUUCCAUCCCCCAAAAGAAAAAGAAGAGGAGGAAGAGGCGGGUGUUGUUUCCUAACGGAGGAGGGUGCAGAGCUCCGCCAAAGCAGGAGCGCAGCCGAGCCAAAUACUGUCUCUACCUGCUCUUUGCCAUCGUCUUUCUCCAGGUGUACAACGCCAUCGAGAACCUGGAUGACCACGUGCUCAGAUAUGACCUGGAGGGUCUGGAGAAGACUCUGAGGAGGGAGGUGUUUGGACAGCAGGGAGCGGUGGAGGGCCUGCUGUCCCACCUGAAGGAUUACCUGUCCACCUACGUCCACAACAAACCCCUGGUGGUGUCCCUGCACGGCCCCAGCGGAGUGGGCAAGAGCCACCUGGGGCGCCUCCUGGCCGGACACUUCCGCUCCGUGGUGGGGGAGACGCUGGUGCUGCAGUACUACGUCCUCCACCACUGCCCCCAGGAGGCCGACGCCGUGCAGUGCGCCCACGACCUCUCCGCUCUCAUCUCAGGGAUGGUGGAGCGAGCUGAGGAGGAGGAGAAGAUCCCGCUCUUCAUCUUCGACGAGGCCGAGCACAUGCACGACGAGAUCCUGGACGCGCUGUGGCAGCUCGUGGCCUCCAAACAGUCCAACGAAUACCUGAACGCCAUCUACCUGUUCCUGAGCAACCUGGGCCAUGCACACAUCACCAAACAUAUGCUACACAACUCCUCAAGUAUUUCUAUGGCGAUGACGGCAUCCGGGCGUCAUAGUAACCUAGUAAAAGAGCUGACUCCGAUAUUACGCAACACUCUGGAGAAGCAUCACCAGCUGUGGACGGAGGCGGACAUCUUACCUCUGGGCCUCUUGGAGAAAGGCCACGUGAUGGAGUGCUUCCUGGAUGAAAUGACUCGAGAGGGGUUCUACCCGGAUCGUACCAACAUAGAGCGCCUCGCAGGGGAGAUCGAAUAUUACCCCGCUGUGGGAGGCCACGAAUAUUCCCAGACAGGCUGCAAGCAAGUGGUGGCCAAGGUCAACCUGCUGUGAAACGCCCUGCGGGAAAAGUUUGGAUGCUCCACAUUCUUUGAAGAAACAGUUCAUGAGGAGUGGGUGAGGUUAUGAAACUUGAAUGACACGACUCCGAGCCAAAGCUUUGAUGAGCAGUGGAAAUAGGAGCAGUCUGUUCACAAAGCACAAAGAACAGUGAGGACGUUCAGCUCUGCUGUGGGAAAAGGCAUGAAUCCUGUGAAGAGGUUUGAACAUGCGCUGCCCACAAACACUCUUUGAAAGGACGGUUCAGCCAAAGUACAAAAAACACGUCGUCUCUCUUCCCUCUGAUUCUGAUCUCUCCGUGCAGAUGGGUUUGGUUUUAUUUGUUCAGAGGUACCUGAACUUAGAUUUCUGUCUCCACCCAAAAAUAAUGAUGCAACCAUCAGGUCAAAAUUUCACCUUGUGCAAUACUUUCUUUACAAGCUGCUUCUUUAUCGUAUUUACAUGGAACCCUGAUGAUGAAAUUCCAUUCACCUGCACUGUUCUGAGAUGGAGGUGGAGAACCUGAACAGAUAAAAAACCAAAACUAUCUUCAUGGACAGAUACGACUACAGGAGAGGAGAUGGUUAUUUGGGAUUUGGGUGAACUGACCCUUUAAUUCUGAGUGUGUUUCACAGCCACUGCACUGGCAGCUCAAACAGACAUGAAUGCUUAGUGAAGGACACGUCAGAUAGAAAAACAAGAACCUGAUGCACAGGACAUGAGAGGAUGAGUAAAACCCAUAUUCAUUCAUUAAUGAGGGGAAGUUUGUAUAUUUAUAGUGCAUGACUUACUAACACUCAUCGCAGGGCGUCUUUUUUUGUCAUACACUGAAUACAACAUGACUUUUAUUAAUUCUAAUGCAAGUCAGCAGAUAGUGUAGAUAAACCUGAAGUGCAUUAGUUCAGUAAAUGAUUCUGCUCUGGACCUGCAGGUGGAAAACUGCAAGUAGCAGCUAGUGGCUCAUCUCCAGCUUAACUAGAGGCAAGAAACAUCUUCCUCUGGUGUUAGAUUUGCUCCCUGACAAGUUAAUUUAUUGAAGUAAAAUGUUUGCAUUUAUUUUCUGUAUGAUCACACAGACCUGCGCCAGCUUUAAGAUCUCUUUUUUAAUGGAUGGAUGUGUUAAUGUCCUGUGUUCAGGUAUCUGUCAGUCUAAUAUUUCUGAUAUAUCUAAUGCGUAGUGAGAGCCUUGAAAUUAAAGACACCAUCAUUUAAAAAUG